UUUGAUGUCCCCUUCAAUUCUGCAGGAGCUGACAAUGGCGAAGUCCUUCCUGAUUCCAUCCCAUCAGCUCCUGGUACAUUGCCUCAUUUCAUAGAAGAGCCAGAUGAUGCUUAUAUAAUUAAGAGCAAUCCCAUUGCCCUGAGGUGCAAGGCAAGGCCAGCCAUGCAGAUAUUCUUCAAAUGCAAUGGAGAGUGGGUCCAUCAGAAUGAGCACGUCUCAGAGGAGAGCUUGGAUGAGAGCUCAGGCUUGAAGGUCCGGGAAGUGUUCAUCAAUGUCACCAGGCAGCAGGUGGAGGACUUCCACGGGCCGGAGGACUACUGGUGUCAGUGUGUGGCAUGGAGUCACCUGGGCACCUCCAAGAGCAGGAAGGCCUCUGUCCGCAUAGCCUACUUACGGAAAAACUUUGAACAAGAUCCUCAAGGAAGGGAGGUUCCCAUUGAAGGCAUGAUUGUCCUGCACUGCCGCCCCCCAGAGGGAGUCCCUGCUGCAGAGGUGGAAUGGCUGAAAAAUGAGGAGCCCAUUGAUUCUGAGCAAGAUGAGAACAUUGACACCCGGGCUGACCACAACCUGAUCAUAAGACAGGCGAGGCUCUCAGACUCUGGGAAUUAUACCUGCAUGGCAGCCAACAUCGUGGCCAAGCGAAGGAGCCUGUCAGCCACUGUGGUGGUUUAUGUGAAUGGAGGCUGGUCUUCCUGGACAGAGUGGUCAGCCUGCAAUGUUCGCUGUGGUAGAGGAUGGCAGAAACGUUCCCGGACCUGCACCAAUCCAGCUCCUCUCAAUGGUGGAGCCUUUUGUGAGGGAAUGUCAGUGCAGAAAAUAACCUGCACUUCUCUUUGUCCUGUGGAUGGGAGCUGGGAAGUGUGGAGUGAAUGGUCAGUCUGCAGCCCAGAGUGUGAGCAUUUGCGGAUCCGGGAGUGCACAGCACCACCCCCAAGAAAUGGGGGCAAAUUCUGUGAAGGUCUAAGCCAGGAAUCGGAAAACUGCACAGAUGGCCUCUGCAUUCUAGAUAAAAAACCUCUUCAUGAAAUAAAACCCCAAAGCAUUGAGAAUGCCAGCGACAUUGCUUUGUACUCGGGCUUGGGCGCUGCUGUUGUGGCUGUUGCUGUCCUGGUUAUUGGUGUCACCCUUUAUAGACGGAGCCAGAGUGACUAUGGCGUGGACGUCAUUGACUCUUCUGCAUUGACAGGUGGCUUCCAGACCUUCAACUUCAAAACAGUCCGUCAAGGUAACUCCCUACUCUUGAAUUCUUCCAUGCAACCAGACUUGACAGUGAGCCGAACGUACAGUGGGCCCAUCUGCCUGCAGGACCCCCUGGACAAGGAACUCAUGACCGAGUCUUCACUCUUUAACCCUUUGUCAGACAUCAAGGUCAAAGUCCAGAGUUCAUUCAUGGUUUCCCUGGGAGUGUCUGAGAGAGCCGAGUACCAUGGCAAGAAUCACUCCGGGACUUUUCCUCAUGGAAACAACCGCAGUUUUACAACAAUGCAUCCCAGAAACAAAACACCAUACAUUCAAAAUUUGUCAUCCCUACCCACAAGGACAGAACUAAGGACAACUGGUGUGUUUGGCCAUUUAGGAGGGCGUUUAGUCAUGCCAAAUACAGGAGUGAGUUUACUCAUACCGCAUGGGGCCAUCCCUGAGGAGAAUUCUUGGGAGAUCUAUAUGUCCAUCAACCAAGGUGAACCCAGCCUCCAGUCUGAUGGAUCUGAAGUGCUUCUGAGUCCUGAAGUCACCUGUGGUCCCCCAGACAUGAUUGUUACCACUCCCUUUGCAUUGACCAUACCACACUGUGCUGAUGUCAGUUCUGAGCACUGGAAUAUCCAUUUAAAGAAGAGGACACAGCAGGGCAAGUGGGAGGAAGUGAUGUCAGUAGAAGAUGAGUCUACAUCUUGUUACUGUCUUUUGGACCCAUAUGCCUGUCAUGUGCUCCUAGACAGUUUUGGGACAUAUGCGCUCACUGGAGAACCAAUCACAGAUUGCGCUGUGAAGCAGCUCAAGGUGGCAGUUUUUGGCUGCAUGUCUUGUAACUCCUUGGAUUACAAUUUGAGAGUGUAUUGUGUGGACAAUACUCCUUGGGCAUUUCAGGAAGUAGUUUCAGAUGAAAGGCAUCAAGGUGGACAGCUACUGGAAGAACCAAAGUUGCUGCAUUUCAGAGGAAAUACCUUUAGUCUUCAGAUUUCUGUCCUUGAUAUCCCCCCAUUCCUCUGGAGAAUUAAACCUUUCACUGCAUGCCAGGAAGUUCCCUUCUCCCGCGUGUGGUGCAGUAACCGACAGCCCCUGCACUGUGCCUUCUCCCUGGAGCGCUACACUCCCACCACCACUCAGCUGUCUUGCAAAAUCUGCAUUCGGCAGCUCAAAGGCCAUGAACAGAUCCUCCAAGUGCAGACAUCAAUCCUAGAGAGUGAAAGAGAAACCAUCACUUUCUUUGCACAAGAGGACAGCACUUUCCCUGCACAGACUGGCCCCAAAGCCUUCAAAAUCCCCUACUCCAUCAGACAGCGAAUUUGUGCUACAUUUGAUACUCCAAAUGCCAAAGGCAAAGACUGGCAGAUGUUAGCACAGAAAAACAGCAUCAACAGGAAUUUAUCUUACUUUGCUACACAAAGUAGCCCAUCAGCUGUCAUUUUGAACCUGUGGGAAGCUCGUCAUCAACAUGAUGGUGAUCUUGACUCCCUGGCCUGUGCCCUUGAAGAGAUUGGGAGGACACACACAAAACUCUCAAACAUUACAGAAUCCCAGCUCGAUGAAGCUGACUUCAACUACAGCAGGCAGAAUGGACUCUAGUUCGCUUCCUCUCCUGAGACAAUGUGAUGACCAGCUUCAGGACAUUUGCUUUAAAUGGGAAAGAAAGAGGCAGCUUUCUGCCCAGUGGCAUUUGGGAAAUUCAGCCUUCAUUUCCAAUCAGUGAGAAUCCUUGGUUGAAGAAAUUGAAUUUUAUAUAGGUAAAACUUGUUAACAGGAAGAGUGCCAGCUGCCUUCAAUUUUAGGGGCUCCUCUGUUCCCUCUAAAUCCACACUUGGGUUAACAUUUGAUGAACUCAGAUUUAGAGUAGCAAGGAUAAAAGCAAGAGACAUAUCUAGGUAAAAGUAGCUGUGGGUAAAGAUAAGCUAUAAUAAACCUGGGAAAGCAAACACUGAAUAAGUGCAUGUUUAGAAACAGGCUUUUAAUGAUGUACCCAAAAGGACCAGUAGAUUCUGAUACCAAAUUAUCAGAGUUCUCCACCAACUGGUAUCUGGAAUGUUGGGAAUCAUUGUCAAACUUGCUUGCAGAAGUGUAACUAGGUUGCUAACUCACUUGUAUGAUUUCAGCAACAUCAAGCAGAGAAUGAGGGUGUUUAGAACCUAAGUAUGUUACACCAGCACCAAUUCCUAGUUUAUCCUGCCACCUAAUUAAGAAAAGAUCAAGGUAGGAAAGACGACAACCAACAAGUUCUUGAAGUGCACCCCACCUUCAUUUUCUCUAAGAUAAAUUGAUCUAUAUUCGUUCAGCCCCUUCCUCACCCAUUGCAGCAGUUGGGACAAUUGGAACAAGUAGUGUAUUUAGAACUUCCAAUGUGAAUA